AACACGUAAAAUGGUGUGACAGACACGACCGAGCAACAGGUGUCCUCGGUUCCCUGGGCUUGUCUCGUGAUUGACAGCUGUCUUAGCCAAUCAGCUGACAGAGAGGGAAGCGUUCGAACCAAUCACAUGAUCCCGCAGUGUCCGUGUGGGCGUUGAUCCAGAGCUGACACACACACACACACACACACACACACACAGCAGCAGUGGAUCCACACAGGGCGCCGACGACAGACUGGGAGUGUUUGACCGCGUCUAGCGAGGGUUUUUCAGUCGUUCAGGUGGAAAUACAACAGGACAUAAAUAUCUAAAAGGUUGUUAUAGAAGCUGGAGGAAUCGUGUUUCUGUUCGGUGCAGGUUUAAUUUUGUGGCUACAGACUGGUAAUUGCUGCAGUCGUUUUGGAAUAUAAGCAACUCUGAGGAUUAUUGUUGGACAGGUGGAUCGAAUCUCCCAAAUCACCAAUCCUUCCCCAUGAGGAAAGAUGGGGAAUGGAUUGUCGGAACAACCUAGCAUGCUGUCAAGCAUCCCGUUCUUCCAGUCUUUUCACAUCGCCAUCCUCGGGUUGGACUCUGCAGGGAAGACCACCGUGUUGUACCGGCUGCAGUUCAAUGAGUUUGUGAACACGGUGCCCACCAAAGGUUUCAAUGCAGAGAAGGUCAAAGUGUCCCUGGGUGGCCACCGGACUGUGACGUUCCACUUCUGGGACGUUGGUGGUCAGGAGAAGCUACGCCCUCUGUGGAAGUCAUACACGAGAUGCACGGACGGCAUCAUAUUCGUGGUGGACUCUGUGGAUGCAGAGCGCAUGGAGGAGGCAAAGACAGAGCUCCAUAAAAUCGCCAAGACCUCUGAAAACCAAGGCGUGCCCCUCCUGGUGGUGGCUAACAAACAGGACCUGAGACACUCUCUUGGACUGGCUGAAAUUGAGAAGUUGCUGGCUCUGAAAGAACUGGGCCCUGCAACACCAUGGCAUCUGCAGCCAGCAUGCGCCAUCAUAGGAGACGGGCUCAAAGAGGGCCUGGAAAGACUCCACGACCUGAUCCUGAAACGGAGAAAGGUGCUUCGGCAGCAGAAGAAAAAGAGAUGAACUUUACGAGAAAGAGUUGUCUGCUGUUUUUUUAAAUAUGUGAAGGAAACAGAGGAUGUUUCUCCUGAGUGUGUACAUGCAUCCACUGCAGGUGUAGAUUUAACAUGCUGAGUUGUAUCAGUUCAAAAUUGAGCUUAAGGAUUCCCAGUCUUGGUCUUGUGAGGAUGCCGUUGAUCAGGAAGUGACACGUAAAGGAAUACAGUAUGAAGAUGAGAAAGUUUCAGACAUGUGUGGGUAUGAAGAGUUUAUAUGGUUCAUAAAGCGCUGAAGGUUUGGGGUCUGGAAGGGUGAUAGAAGUUGCUUAUAGGAUGCUGUAUGAUUCAUUAAUGGAUUAUGGCUGUUCCAAACAUUAUUACCAAAAAAUUAUUUAAGAAAAGACAUUGACUAGAUGAAGGGUUAGUUUGGUAAAUGAAUGGAUAUCAUUUCACCAGAGGAGCGAUGAAAUGUCAGUAACAUCAGUUUUAUUUUACAGUUUUUAUAUGUUAUUACUGUAUAACAUGUUAUUUUUUUUACACUGGACUUUCUCUGUGAAAGAAAAGUAUUAUUGUGCAUAACUGCAUUAUUAUUAUUAUUAUUAUUGAUUUGGUUGCUGUCUUAUAUAUCAAGUUUAUUUUUCAAAAGCACUUUAGAUUAUCACUUUUUAUUGAGUUUACAGUUUUUAAAAUAGAGCAUAUUGUGUUUGAUUUUACAGAAUACAUUGUCAUUAGACAGAUUAUACAUCAUGUUUUUGCUAAAUAAAACAUAUUUAGACCAA